CCCGUCUCCACCUUUCCCUCUCAGUCCUCGCCGUCUGCGCACAAAGAGCGCGCAGCCAAUCACAGACCGCCCUCUGACUGCCACCGCGGCCAAUGAGCGCGAGCCUUCUUAUUUACAUAGAGACGGUGGACGAGCCAAUCAGGAGUCAGCACAGGACAGGAUUUUGACUCCCGUGCCCAAUGGCUGCUGGAGGUCGGGCCCGGAGAGUUUUUGGGGGGUGCAUAUAAUCAACAUAUUAUCGAAGGUGCCUAGAUAUCGAUCCUGUAUUCCGAGGUCUGGUUCUAAUCUACCUCUUCUGGACCUUCCGGGUUGGACCUCAGCUCGUGCUCGUGCUCGUCGGAGAAUAAAUCACGCGUAAAAAUGCCGAAGAGAAAGUCUCCAGAGGGCCCCGAGGGCAAAGAGGCCUCCAAAGUCACAAAGCAAGAGCCCCCCAGAAGGUCAGAGAGAUUGUCCGUGAAACCGGCUCCAACAAAGCCCGAGACCAAGAAGACCAGCGUGAAGAAGGUGGCAGACGAUAAGGGACCGAAGGCAAAGAAAGUCGUCCCUAAGGGAAAGAAGGAUGAUGGCCCCGCCCACAACGGAGGGACCAAUCAGAUCUACGUGUCCCGUCCGUCUGUCAGCGUGUCCUUCGUCAGAAGCUCGGCUGCCUCCUCGAUGUCGGUGAGAGGGCAGAGCGAGACGGUCAGAGUCAAGGACGUGCGGCUCCACCGGCGCUCAGUUCAGACGAGAGAGCGGGACGAUUCCCGUGGCUACUAGAGGAGCUCCGUGUUCCAGUAACUGAGGAGGCGGAGGAGGAGAAGGCGUAAAGACCCAACUCCCCCCCCCCCACCUUUCUGACGCCGUGGCAGCAAAGCAUCUUUUUUUUACUGAGGAUUUUUGUACCACGCCGAAUUUUCUUUAGACUUGUGAUAGUAGAGACGGACAACCAGCAGCCCCCCCCCCAUCCUGUAUGUCUUUACAUUAUUUAUUUUUUCGCUCCGCCCUCCACUCUCUCUCACUUCACCUCUUAGAAAAAAAUGGGAGAAAAAUAAUUCUGGAAUGAAGAGUUUUUUCAUCGGGCGGCUGCAGUUCCUCACCUUUCCUGAAGGGGGCCGUGAACACGACCGUCGGCUCUCUCGAUCCUCCGAUGCUUACGCCGUGAGCAUUUUGGGGAUGCGGAUGCACAGUUUGGAUGCCGAGCUACAAAAAAACUUCAUGAAGAACAUCUGACGCUUUCAAAAACUAUUUUUUUUGGAAAGAUUUUAGUUUUUAGAAUCACCGCCACUUCGUUUUCGCUCCUUUUUUUUAAAUGUGUGUGUGUGUGUGACGGAGUGAAUGUGUUUGUGUUUCCCCCUCCUGACCGCCUUCGCCCCGCAGCAGAGUGACAUUAGCAAUAACGAGCGGCGCCUCUGUUCUUCGGACCCUCUGGACUUCUCUUGAGUUUCAUCCUGUUGGGAGAAUUUUUUGAAAAUAAAAUUGUAAAAGUUGAUGUCA